CACAAUCACAUGGUUCCCACAACACUAUAUACUCAUAACAUUAAUAGAGAGAGAAAGAGAAAGAGAGUGUGUGUGUGUUGUGUGAAACUCUAUCCCCCAAGUUUAUUAGCAACAAGGAGAGGCUAGGAUUGCUCACAAAUCUUGAAAAAGCAAAAUGGCCCCAAGGUCAGGAAAAGGGAAAUCAAAUAAAGCUAAGACUGAGAAGAAGAAAAAAGAAGAGAAAGCAGGAGCACCUUCUCUUGUUGACAUAACUGUGGUUACUCCCUAUGAUUCACAUAUUGUAUUGAAGGGUAUCUCUACUGAUAAGAUACUUGAUGUAAAGAGACUAUUGGCUGUGAAGGUGGAGACAUGCCAUUUUACAAACUAUUCUCUAUCUCAUGAGGUUAAGGGUCAGAGAUUAAAUGACAGAAUUGAAGUUGUUACCCUAAAGCCAUGUCUUCUAAGAAUGGUUGAAGAGGAUUACACAGAGGAAGCUUAUGCUGUUGCACACGUGCGGAGGCUGUUGGACAUAGUGGCCUGCACAACAAGGUUCGGGAAGCCCAAACGAGGCCCAUUAAGCCCAGAAUCUAAGCCCAAGAAGAACGCUAAGGCCCAAAAUCAGAUUAAGGGAGGUUCGAGUCCGCCUACACCUAAUGGCGAAAUCCGUGUCGGAUCUCCGCCGGCGCCGGCGGAGCGGGGCAUUCCGGCGAUAUCAGAUAGCGUUGGCAUGGUGGCGAUUCACCCAACGCCGAAGCUUUCAGAUUUUUACGAGUUCUUCUCUUUCUCUCACCUCACUCCACCUAUUCUACAUUUGAAGAAAUGUGAGCUGAAAAGUGAAGAAGAUAGAAGUAAAGGAGACUACUUUCAGCUUCAGGUUAAAAUCUGCAAUGGGAAGGUAAUAGAAGUGGUGGCUUCAGAGAAAGGGUUUUAUACUGUUGGAAAACAAUCUCUGCAAAGUCACACUUUGGUUGAUCUUCUGCAACAGCUAAGCCGAGGUUUCGCUAAUGCAUAUGAAUCUUUAAUGAAAGCUUUCUCGGAACAUAACAAGUUUGGCAAUCUUCCAUAUGGAUUCCGAGCAAAUACCUGGCUUGUCCCUCCAUCUGUUGCCGAGUCACCUUCAAACUUUCCUGCCCUUCCUGCUGAGGACGAAAGCUGGGGUGGUAAUGGUGGUGGCCAAGGUAGAAAUGGUGAAUAUGAGCUUAGACAAUGGGCUUCAGAUUUUGCAGUAUUGGCUUCUCUUCCAUGCAAAACUGAAGAGGAGAGAGUGGUCAGAGAUAGAAAAGCUUUCCUGCUGCACAGUCGAUUUGUUGAUACCUCGAUAUUCAAAGCCAUCAAGGCAAUACAGCAUGUCAUGGAAUCCAAUAUGAAGAAUGAAUCAAAUUCUCCAAGUUCAAUUCUGCAUGAAGAGCGCAUAGGAGACUUGUCAGUUGUUGUCAAAUGUGAUAUUCGCAAUGGAAAUAGAAAGUAUGAUUCUAUAUCUAAUGAAUCCAGUCUGCAUAAGGAGGAUGCUCAGAAGAAUUUGCUCAAAGGUUUGACUGCAGAUGAAAGUGUAAUUGUUCAUGAUACAUCUUCAUUAACUUCUGUGGUUGUGCAUCAUUGUGGAUAUACUGCAACAGUAAGGGUCGUAGGUAACUUAAAUAUUAGCAAGCCAAACGCUCAUGAUAUUGAAAUAGAUGAUCAACCAGAUGGAGGGGCAAAUGCUCUUAACAUCAACAGUUUGAGACUACUGCUUCACAAACAUGUAGAUGAACCCUCAGAAGGAACUUUAUCAUCUCCACCAAAUUCAGAUGACUUAGAUAGCUCUAAGCAAGUUGUCUGGAAGGUAAUACAAGAUUGCUUGGAAAAGAUAACACAGGAGAAGGGUGUUUCAAGGAGGUUUUUUAGAUGGGAACUUGGUUCCUGUUGGAUGCAACAUCUGCAGAAACAAGAAAAUUCAGCAGAUAGUAGUUCCAAAAACAAAGACGACAUCAAGGAUGUUGAGCAAGCUGUUAAAGGUCUUGGACAGCAAUUUAAAUUUUUAAAGAGGAGGGAAAAGAAAGAAAGUAAUCUCGAUGGUUCAGAUUCUAGUGAGCAAAAUGAUUCUAAUAAAGUUCAGCAAUUCAAUGAAGAGUCAAGUAGCUCUGCUGAGUUGGAGAAAGUACUUUCCAACGAUGCAUUUUUGCGUCUUAAAGAAUCUGGAACUGGUCUCCAUUUAAAGUCAGUGGAUGAGCUAAUCAGCAUGGCACACAAGUAUUAUGACGAAAUUGCUUUGCCAAAGCUGGCUACAGACUUCGGAUCACUUGAACUUUCUCCAGUUGAUGGUCGUACACUAACUGAUUUUAUGCAUUUAAGAGGACUGCAAAUGCGAUCUUUGGGUGAAGUGGUUAAACUUGCUGAGAAUCUUCCACACAUACAAUCCCUUUGUAUUCAUGAGAUGAUUACUAGAGCCUUUAAGCAUCUACUUAAAGCUGUAAUUGCCUCUGUUGACAAUGUAGCAGACUUAUCUGCCAUCAUUGCAUCAACGCUGAAUUUCUUACUCGGAGGAUCUCAAACGGAGGAUGCUGACCAAAAUUUGGGUGAUGACCAUGAUCUCAGAUUUAAAUGGUUACAUAUAUUUUUGUCCAAAAGAUUUGGAUGGACACUAAAGGAUGAAUUUCAACAUUUGAGGAAGUUGUCAAUUCUCAGAGGGCUCUGUCAAAAGGUAGGAUUGGAAUUGGUAUCAAGAGAUUAUGACAUGGAAUCCUCAAAGCCUUUCAGCAAAUAUGAUAUUAUCAGCCUAGUUCCUGUUUGCAAGCAUGUAGGAUGCUCCUCAGUUGACGGACGUAAUUUAUUGGAAUCGUCAAAAAUCGCUCUUGAUAAAGGAAAGCUUGAGGAUGCUGUAAAUUAUGGAACUAAGGCGCUGGCAAAGAUGAUGACUGUUUGUGGACCUUAUCAUCGAACUACAGCUAGUGCAUACAGUCUUCUAGCUGUGGUUCUCUACCACACUGGAGAUUUUAACCAGGCCACCAUAUAUCAGCAGAAGGCCUUGGACAUAAACGAGAGGGAACUUGGGCUUGAUCAUCCUGACACAAUGAAAAGCUAUGGGGAUCUUUCGGUCUUUUAUUAUCGUUUGCAGCACAUUGAGCUUGCUCUGAAGUAUGUCAACCGUGCUCUAUUCCUUCUUCAUUUUACGUGUGGGCUUUCCCAUCCUAACACAGCUGCAACAUAUAUAAAUGUCGCGAUGAUGGAAGAGGGAAUGGGAAAUGUCCAUGUGGCACUCAGAUACUUGCAUGAAGCUCUUAAAUGCAACAAAAGAUUGUUAGGAGCUGAUCAUAUACAGACUGCUGCUAGCUAUCACGCCAUUGCGAUAGCUCUUUCAUUGAUGGAAGCAUAUUCACUGAGUGUGCAACAUGAACAAACUACACUCAAGAUACUUCAAGCAAAGCUUGGACCUGAAGAUCUUCGUACACAGGAUGCGGCGGCAUGGCUUGAAUAUUUUGAAUCGAAAGCCAUAGAGCAGCAAGAAGCGGCUAAAAAUGGAACUCCAAAGCCAGAUGCAUCUAUUGCAAGUAAAGGCCACCUUAGUGUGUCAGAUCUCAUGGAUUUCAUAAGUCCUGAUCAAGACUCAAAAGGAAAUGAUACUCAGAGGAAACAACGUCGUGCAAAGAUAGUCCCACUGAAUGAUUCCCAUCAAGAACAUGAUGAUGGACUAGCAGAGGAUGAGGGAAUUAUUUUUGAAGACUCAAAAGAUGCUACGAGUAUUACAAAGACGGUGGAAGAAAAAAACAGCACAGUUAUUGAUUCCAAAGAACUAAAAGAAAAUAGUGGUCUAACUAGGCAUGAGCCAGUGACAAGUGAAGUAGUCUAUGAGACAUCGUCCGAUGAAGGUUGGCAAGAAGCUAAUUCAAAAGGGCGGUCUGCAAACCCAGCCAACCGCAAAUUUGGACACAGAAAACGUCCUCUUUUGACAAAGGUCAGUAUUGAUCAUUACAAUUUUAGAGAAGGCGGUUACAGGAAUGACACUCCUUCACCACCAAAGAAGGGAUCUCCAAAAGUCACUUUAGCUACUCUGUCUCCAUCUAGACAAUCGAAAGUUCGCAGCCAGAAUUCCAACGAGGAUUUUGUUAGUCAUCCUACAAAAGCUUCCAUGUCCAAAAUUUUGUCUCCUCCGCCAUCUCUAAGUUCCUUGGCUUCCAAGUCUAUAUCAUACAAAGAAGUUGCGCUGGCACCACCAGGUACGGUUUUAAAGCCACUGUUGGAGAAAGUUGAGAGGGAAAAUAAUGAGGCCGAAAAUGAGUCAUCCACCAAUUCAACUGUGAUAUCAACAAAUGAAGAAACUUGCCAAAGUUCCAUAGUUGAUACAGCUUCAAAGCAUGAUGAAACUCAAGGAACUCAUGAAACUGAAAUUCAACAAGAAAAUUCCGAGGUUUCCCCUGUUCCAGAUCAGGUAAAACCUACAGAAACUAAUGGUAGUAAGCUUUCGGCCGCAGCAAAACCAUUCAAUCCAGGAAUGUUGUCUAUGUCAAACCACCAUUUAAGCAUAUAUGAUGCUAAUGUUAGUCAAGGCAUGCUUGUUGAGCCUGUUCUUCCUCCUGCUGCUGCUAGAGUUCCUUGUGGUCCAAGAUCACCUCUAUAUUAUCGAACCAACUAUGCGUUUCGCAUGAAGCAUGGUUUCACUAAAAGCCAUACUCCUAUCAGGGAAAGAACAUAUGGUGCUCCAAGAAUCAUGAAUCCACAUGCACCUGAGUUUGUUCCCAGAAAUGCUUCUCAAUUAGACACUGGCAAUGCCAAUGUUUCAUCCGAAGAAAACAAGGCCGAUGAGAAAUUCGUCAAAGGCAAAGAUAGUUCUCUGAAAAGCAGCAUUUCUGAGUCCGAGAAGUCGGAGAUAGCAAGGCAGAUAUUGCUCAGUUUUCUUGUGAAAUCUGUUCAGCAGAACAUUGAUUCUGUGGACGAGUCGAAAGCUAGCGAAGGAAAGCAUGAGAAGUCAGAAAACUCUUCUUCUGAUGCAAUAGCUAAAGACAGUGCUAUCAUAAAAAUCACGUAUGGGGAUGAAGAAAAUAACAAGGUUCCGAAUUCCAGUGAUAGUGAAGAGCCUGAGGAUGUAAGUAGAAAAGUGAAUGGAGAUGGUGAAGGAUUCAUAGUUGUAACAAAGAGGAGGAAAAGCAAGCAAAAGAUCACAAAUGGGGUCACAGAAUUGCACAACCAACAAUCCAUAUGUGCUUCAGUUCGUUGAAUAGAGAAUCAUAUGAAAACCAUCACCAAUGCUCCAAUGUUUUUUUGUUUUGUUCAUCUGAGACUGAGAGUAUGUUCUGACCAAAGAUCUUGACAUCAUAUUUUUGACAGUGUAUAGCAGCAAUAUGGCAGGAAUUUUGGUCAUCCAAUCUUGGUUUGUUCAUAUCAGAAGUACAUUGGCUUUGUUUAUUCUUCAUCAUAUAAUAAGGUCUAUUCUCCUUAGAGAUUUUGAUUUGUUAAUAAAACAAAAAGCUAAUUGGCAAGUUCAUUUCA